AUGGUGACCGUCAGUUCAAGAGAACCUCCUAGAUGCAGUAUCUGCAUGAGGUACAGUCUCAGUACUGCCGAAAACUCACUCGUGUCAGAGCGUGAAAAAGAACUUGAAGUCGGUGGGUAUGGUGUACAAGAGAACGCUAGAGGCCAUCAAGACAUGGAGGUUGAGCCUCGAAGACGUCGAAACGUACUCCCAAAGGUUCUGGGACAUGCACAAGGACCCCGACCUCGUCCUCGAUGGGUCGGCUGCGCCAAUGUCCUCGCAUGCCACUACAACCUCUUCCUCGGCACCAUUGCGCCGCUAGUCCGUCGCAGAAAAGACUUGACGCCACUCGUGGAACGGGCUCUGGCCGGCGACAUCAUCGGGAACUUCCUCCUCACAGAGGUCGGUCACGGCCUCGAUAUCCUCAACAUCGAGACGACAGCGACCAAGGUCGCAGAUGGCUUCGUGCUCAACACGCCCCACCCUGCCGCAGCCAAGUCAGUGCCGUCCGCCCGGGAUGCUCCGCGAGCUAGGUUUAUGCCACCGACGACGCCGCUGUGCCCCAAGAUCGCUGUCGUCUUCGCCCGCCUGAUAGUCGACAACGCUGACCACGGCAUCCACCCGUUCCUCGUCCACACUUCCGAUGCACACGGCAUGUGCCCCGGCAUAGUCUCGCAGCUGCUUCCGCCCCGCAGCGGCACGUCGCCCCUCGACUACGCCAUAACCUCCUUCCACCACGUCCACCUGCCCCCGUCCGCCUUCCUCGGUGCCAGUCUUGACGUGCCGCGCGACCACCACAGCCUGCUCCAGGGCUACAUAUGGCGCACCAUCGUUGGCCAGGUGUCUAUGUCCCUGGUCGCGUUGACGGGCAUGAAGAUGACGGCUUAUCUCGGCGUGCUGUACUCCUUGCGGCGGUGCGUGCGUGGGACUGGGCCGAGCGACGUUCCCAUCAUGUCCUUCCGCACCCAGCAGCUACCCUUGCUGUACACGACCGCUAUUGCGCAUGUGCUCGACGCGUGGACACCUGCCGUCCUGCAGCAGUUCACGUCCGCAGACUUCGCCACGCCGAUCCGGAGAGGCCUAGCGAUCGUGUACAAGACGACGAUGUGCCGGCUCGCGACGCAGUACUACCGCGAAGUCGGCGAGCGUCUCGGAGCCCAGGGCACCUUCGGGCACAACAUUAUCAGCAAGAUAGAGCUUCUGCGGAACAAGUACGCACUGCCGCCGCCGAAGCACGGAGAUAGCCUUCUAGCUCGUCACAGCGACGCUGUUUACAGCCGCUGCGCAGAUCUGCUUGGAAGUUUCACCGAGGGCCACCGUGACGAGCAGUUCAACAAUCUCGUGCUCCCUCAAUGCCAACGCGGUGUCCUUGCCCUGGGCUGCGCGUAUGCGUAUGGAUGUGCGCGUGACGCUGGCGUACCAGAGCCAAUGCUCGAGCUCUUCGAGUGUGCCGCCAUCAAGCAGGACCCCAGCUGGUACUCCGAGCAUGGUGGUCUCCCGGAAAGCGUGUUCAUGUUGAAGGAAGACCAUGCGGUGCAUUCUGCCUUGCCUCAUAUCCGCGAGUACGUGGACAGCUUCGGGGUGGAGGCAUCGAUCACGGCGCCGAUCGUGAGCAGCGAGACCUGGGAGAGCUGGGUUGAGGGCCUCCAGACCUAUGAUCGGAUACAGGAAGAGACGAAUGUAAGUACAGGCACGGCUGCACGGAACUCUGAACACUCACCUUCGCUUGGCCCCAAAAUUGAAGCAGAGGGGCAUUCCCUGCAUCCAGACUUUGACGUGGCGGAUCUGGAUUAG